GUUGUGCAUCCAACGUGGGACUACGGAACGAUCUCCCAGGGAAAAAAAGGAAAAGUAACUCAAGAAAGGAAAAAACUCAUGGUGGUGCUACACGUUCGUAAGGAGGGGGCACUCUAUAUUGCUAUUAAUCGGAUCGUGGAGAUUUUGUGACCGCAGACUGCACCUGAUAAGCUGUCGGCUGAGUUCUUCUGGAUCGGACUGUGUGUGUUUCAAAGUUGGAUUUAUUCAGCUAACAGCGGCGAAGUGCUGGGUAGAUAUGGACGAUCUGCAGCGCUCGGCUUGAGAGACCAACGCUGGAGUUUUCGGCACUACAUUUACAUUUACAACUUUGUAGUGGACGUGUUGUAACGCCGUGAGAAGUCAACGUGUAACCGGUUUGCUAAAUUUCAAACUCGCUGCUGCUCUAUUGAUCAACAGUUACUGUGUCCUUUAACACUUUGCUGUUGCAUGUUUUAACAACAUGUCACCAAAAGCAGUAGUUAAACGACUUUCAUGAACACUGUUUUUUAACUUAAUGUGACUUAAGGACGACUUCUACUUUUGCUAGUUCUGUGAAUCACCUUUGAUUUUUUUAGCCCGCGUCGGACACCAGAGGAGAAAGUUGGACUGGGAACUUGUGUCCUAAAUGACUUAUUACUGGGAUGGAAAACGUACUACCGCACUGCAGUUGUUUCUCCUAGCCCACGUAGCACAAGAAGACAAUUAAUGUGCUCUAAAAGUCUCCCAGUUUUUCCGAAGAGACAUUAAUAUUGAAGUUUGUGGGUGCGAGGAGAGAUCUCAACGGCCGCGCUAUUAAAACUGGAUACAAAAUGGCGGCGUCCCUGGGACGAUUUGGAUAUGUUUCUCGAUGUGUUUUUUAUUUAAUUUUGUCGGUCGAACUGUUUAUCAGUUAUGGAUUGAGUUCAGACUUGCCGUGUGCCCAGAACUGUACCUGCGACGGAGAUGCAGUGGACUGUAGUAACCUGGAGCUGACAGCUACGCCUCUGGACCUUCCUGUCCGGACUGUUUCCUUAAAUCUUGGCCACAACAAGCUGACCUCCAUUGAUGUUGAAGCUUUUGACAACCUUCCCAACCUGAGAGAGCU